AUGUCUGAGGAAGACAAAAUGAACACUCCCAGCAAGCCCUUGGCUACCCUCAACACGCCUAACAGCCCCCGACCCGAGUCGCCGACUACUGCACGCCCGAUGGACUUUGACGAUGAACCCCAAGAGACCGGAAUUAUUGCUUCCUCCCCUGUCGCUCCUCAGCCAGCUGCCGCCGAGGCAGCCCCGCCAAAGCCGCCCCGGCCCCUGAACCCGAGAGAACAGUCAGAGAGCACCCUUAAGGAGGCAUUUCCAAGUAUCGAGCCAGGUGUUAUCAAAGCUGUCCUGACCGCAAGCAAUUGGAAUGUCGAGCGGGCGUUCAAUGCCCUCCUGGGCAUGACAGACCCCAAGGCUCAAGAAGAAAUGGCACCGCCGCCAAAGCCGCCGCGCCCAACACAACAGAGUACUGCUGCACAGAGACAACUGGAAGCCGAUGAGAUGUAUGCACGCCAACUAUCGGAGCACUACAAUGCGACAGGACGUCGCGCACCACCCCCAGGUUGGGAGACCGACCCCCGAUACCAGCGACCUAGAGGAAGCGAGGAGUCGGAGGAGAGAGAAUAUAGCUUCUUUGAUGAUGAUCUACCGGUGAUCCGCGAGAACCUCCGCAAGGGCUUCCUGGAGACACAGAAUAAGGUUAACUCGUGGGUAACAAACCUCAAGAAGAGAAUUGAUGGAGAUGAUUUGGACGAGGAACCUGUUCAAAGAGAGACUCCCACCCAUGCCCGGCCCCGACGUAGUGGUGAUAUGGGCCGUCGCAGUGGAGAUCGUGAGCGCUAUGACGCAGAUCCCCAAGUUCUCAGCGAUGAUUUCUCUGCUCUCGAGUUGAGGGAUGGCGAAGCUCCCCCAGCUCGCCCCCUGCGUCCCGGCCAGCCCAACCUUAAACUAUCCGCGUCUCCUUCGCCAGACAGGCGCAGGGUGUCUUUCCAAGAUGGGCCACCCACCGAGAUCGACAAUAUUUAUGAUUCCUCCACACCAUCUCAGCGUCUCAGCUCAACAGGCAGCAAGGCGAGCAAAUGGCAACCAUUGUCCAGCGUCGCGCCUUCUCCCGUCGCGGAGAACGACCCAUUCAGCCUCGGCGACAGCGAUGACGAGAAGGAAACUAAGACUAAAGAGCAACCCACUAGCUCAGAGGGCGAUCAACUCAAGAACGCUACCGUCGAGUCGGUGUCAGACGAGGUGGGUUCCUCCAAGAACCAGGAAACCAAGGGCGCAACAAAGCCCGACGAGUCAAAAUAA